AUGACCUCUUUCUGUAAAAUCAUGCUCUUCAUCACUCAAAACACUACAUUUAAGGACCAAGGCAAAUUUGAACUCACGUACGAACCAGCUGUUAUGCGCCUAUAUCGUGAUGGAAGAACAGAGACAGUGAGGAGUUGCAGUACAGAAUCAUGCGAUUUCGUUCGAUCAAUGCUGGACAAGAACGAAACAGUAAGAAUCUCUACAUCUCCUCUUUCAUAUCGAUAUAUUGCCAAGUUUCAGAAUAAAACUAGGAUGGACUUGCUGCGACGAGCUUGCGAUCGUCAUCAAGCAUAUUACCGAAAUGCGAUGGCUGGACAUGGUGUCGACAGACAUCUGUUCGCUAUGUACGUCGUGUCAAAAUACUAUGCCAUAGCAUCACCUUUUCUGGAUAAUGUGUUCAGCAUGAGCUACGCCUUAUCGACAAGCCAGGUAAAUAAUAUAGCGAACAAUAAAUUUUCUCAUAAAUAA